GGAGUCGAGCGCGGCCCUUUCCCUCCCGACAACACAGGAUGAACAAGCAGCAUUGCUGCUAAAACACUUCUUUUCAGGUUCCGCGUUUGGAAAUAGCGCAUAUCCAGAGUAAACUCAUCGGCUGGGGGAUACCGGGCGUGUAUGUUUUUUCUCACCGGCUUACAUUGAUUUAUCCACGGUCCUGUUACAUUGGCUGAACACUGAAGAAAUAUAAUCCGGGUUGAGUUGUGCGCGGCAAUCCAACUAGCUAGCGACUACUUCUGUGAAGAGUGGUUGGGACAGAAUGGAGCUGAUAACAAUCCUCGAAAAAACUGUCUCUCCAGAUCGAAAUGAACUGGAGGCGGCACAGAAGUUUCUGGAGCAGGCGGCAAUUGAAAAUUUGCCCGCGUUCCUGGUGGAGCUCUCCAAGGUGCUCGCCAACCCUGGCAACACCCAGGUGGCUCGCGUGGCCGCAGGGCUGCAGGUGAAGAACUCGCUCACCUCCAAGGACCCGGACGUGAAGACACGCUACCAGCAGAGAUGGCUGGCCAUCGAUGCCAACGCCCGGCGGGAGAUCAAGAACUUUGUUCUGCAGACCCUGGGCACGGAGACGUACCGGCCCAGCUCGGCCUCCCAGUGCGUGGCUGGCAUCGCCUGCGCAGAGAUCCCCGUCACCCAGUGGCCCGAGCUCAUUCCCCAGCUGGUGGCUAACGUGACGGACCCCAGCAGCACCGAGCACAUGAAGGAAUCCACCCUGGAGGCCAUCGGAUACAUCUGCCAGGAUAUCGACCCUGAGCAGCUGCAGGACAACGCCAACCAGAUCCUGACGGCCAUCAUCCAGGGCAUGAGGAAGGAAGAGCCCAGCAACAACGUCAAGCUGGCCGCCACCAACGCGCUGCUCAACUCACUGGAGUUCACCAAAGCCAACUUCGACAAAGAGACGGAGAGACACUUUAUAAUGCAGGUCGUCUGCGAGGCCACACAGUGCCCAGACACCAGAGUACGAGUGGCUGCCUUACAGAACUUGGUGAAGAUAAUGUCUUUGUAUUAUCAGUACAUGGAAACGUACAUGGGCCCAGCACUGUUUGCGAUCACAAUAGAAGCCAUGAAAAGUGACAUUGAUGAAGUUGCCUUACAAGGAAUCGAGUUCUGGUCGAAUGUGUGUGAUGAGGAGAUGGAUUUGGCCAUCGAAGCGACUGAGGCAUCGGAGCAGGGCCGGCCCCCAGAGCACACCAGCAAGUUUUACGCCAAAGGAGCCUUGCAAUACCUGGUGCCCAUCCUCACCCAGACACUCACCAAGCAGGGCGAGAAUGACGACGAUGACGACUGGAACCCGUGCAAGGCGGCGGGCGUUUGCCUGAUGCUGCUGGCCACGUGUUGCGAGGCGACGUUGCCUCACGUCCCCUUCAUCAAGGAGCACAUUCAGCACCCCGACUGGCGCUACCGCCACGCCUCAGUCAUGGCCUUGGCUCCAUCCUGGAGGGCCCCGAGCUCAACUCAGCUCAAACCUCUCGUCAUCCAGGCGAUGCCCACGCUGAUUGAGUUGAUGAAGGACCCCAGUGUGGUGGUGAGGGACACCACAGCUUGGACGGUGGGCAGGAUCUGUGAGCUGCUGCCGGAGGCGGCCAUCAACGAAGUGUACCUGGCCCCUCUGCUGCAGUGCCUCAUCGAGGGCCUGGGGGCCGAGCCACGCGUCGCAUCCAACGUCUGCUGGGCCUUCUCCAGCCUGGCAGAAGCGGCGUACGAAGCCACAGAUGCAGCGGAGGACCAGGAGGAGCCUGCCACGUACUGCCUCUCCUCUUCCUUCGAGCUCGUUGUCCAGAAACUCCUAGAAACCACAGACAGGCCGGACGGUCACCAGAAUAACCUGCGUAGCGCGGCCUACGAGGCCCUGAUGGAGAUUGUGAAGAAUAGCGCCAAGGACUGCUACCCAGCCGUGCAGAAGACCACCCUGGUCAUCAUGGAGCGCCUGCAGCAGGUCCUGCAGAUGGAGUCCCACAUCCAGAGCACGUCGGACAGAAUUCAGUUCAAUGACCUCCAGUCUCUACUGUGUGCCACACUGCAGAAUGUGCUGAGGAAGGUGCAGCACCAGGACGCGUUGCAGAUCUCAGACGUGGUGAUGGCCUCUCUGCUCAGAAUGUUCCAGAACACCGCCGGCUCCGGGGGUGUACAGGAGGACGCACUCAUGGCCGUCUCAACCUUGGUGGAAGUAUUGGGUGCUGACUUUCAGAAAUACAUGGAUGCCUUUAAACCUUUCCUGGGAAUUGGACUGAAGAAUUACGCAGAAUAUCAAGUGUGUCUGGCUGCGGUGGGCCUGGUGUGUGACCUGUGCCGAGCCCUGAUGUCCAACAUCCUGCCUUACUGCGAUGAGAUCAUGCAGCUCCUGCUAGAGAACCUGGGGAAUGAGAAUGUGCACCGGUCAGUGAAGCCCCAGAUCCUGUCAGCUUUCGGAGACAUCGCCCUGGCCAUCGGAGGAGAGUUCAAGAAGUACCUGGAGAUCGUCUUGGACACGCUGCAGCAGGCGUCGCAGGCACAAGUCGACAAGACGGACUAUGACAUGGUGGACUAUCUGAACGAGCUGCGGGAGGGCUGUCUGGAGGCCUACACUGGCAUCAUCCAGGGCCUGAAGGGAGACCAGGAGAAUGUGCACCCUGACGUGAUGCUGGUGCAGCCCAGAGUGGAGUUCAUCCUGUCCUUCAUCCACCACAUCGCUGAAGACGAGGACCACUCUGACGGCGUGGUGGCCAACGCCGCCGGACUCAUAGGAGACCUGUGCACAGCCUUUGGGAAGGACGUGAUGAAGCUGGUGGAGCUGCGGCCCCUCAUCAACGACCUGCUGACGGAGGGCCGGAGGUCCAAGACCACCAAGACCAAGACGCUGGCCACAUGGGCCACCAAGGAGCUGCGCAAGCUCAAGAGCCAGGCCUGAUUUCAUGCUGGUUGGGGAUAAAAUAGACAACGAUGAACAAUGAAAACGCCCCACUGGAAUUUCUUCUGUCUUUUGCGUCGUGUCCGAGUUAA